GGUGGUAUACAUCCCUGCGACUUCUGCAGUGCUGCCUAAAAUGGCCUACCCCCGCUCCAUACAUUGGCAAGCCUAUCUUUCUGUGCUUGUUUGACCGCUUGCUUUGGGUACACGCCUAACAAAACGCCAGUUCUCAUGGUCCAGGGCAUCAUGGCUCUGAGCACAUUUCCCUGCUUCUUGUCUCUUCCAUUCGAGAUUCGGCGAGAGAUCUACUGGCUUGCGACCCUGCCACGCAUCGUGAAUGUUGAGGAAAAGACAGAUAUCGGCUUUGACGAGUUCAGAGAGAUUGUGAAUACACAUCCGGUGCAGCUCCAGGUCCACUCUGAUAUCGAGUUCUUCAGCGUCAAUUGGGCUGCUGAAAUCCAAAGGCGCAUACGAGAUGGACGUAGCCACCGCCAGACGACCUUAGAGGAGCACGGCUUCACUGGCAGCAAACCCAUCCCGCAACCCUGGAUUCCGUCCGCUCAGUGUCCAGAAAUACCCCUUGCAUGGUUGGCCAACGAACCAAAGGUCGCGUGGGAGCUCAUAAGGGAGGGCUACUUAUACAGCAAGGCCCCGAUACCACCGUUGCUACACACAUGCGCCGAGUCUCGCGGCGUGCUUAUACGGGAUGGCUACCGCCUGGCCUUUGCGACGCGGACAGCCGAACCACGAACGUGGUUCCACUUUGAUAGGGAUACUCUCUUCCUCCCGCAAGCCGCCUACGAGGAAGAGGACCGUCCCGAGUUGCUGAGCGGGGGCCCGUGGGACGUGGGCCAGUUCACGGCGGCGGAUCUGCGACAGGUGCACAGGCUGGCGCUGGAGGGUUCGGCGGCUGUGCUGUAUGGCGCGGAUAGAGCGGCGCCAUGGCAGAGCGUACCAGCGACCGCGUCGGUGGCCGUCUCUUUACUGCUGAGGCUGUUGGGGUCUGUGGAGGAACUUUGGUUUGUGGAGUGGACGCGGCGUGAUGUGGAGCAUUGGGGCGUGUUUGAACCCUGCUUGACGCCACUGCGGCGGAGUUGGGAGGUUCCGCCGAUGGUGGAGGGGAGUGCUGUUGAUGUGGCCAGGAGAAGUGGUGAUUUUGUGGCGGUGAAUGUUGAGCUUGUUGAUAUGACUGGGCCGAGUUGCUUGUGUGACGGCGCGCUUGGGGGUCAGUUUCUUCGGUCAGGGUUUGGGGCGUUGCAUUUUGUGAGAUUUAUGGAGGACCGCCGAGAAUCCGGGGCUGGGGCCGGGACCGAGUCGGAGGCGGCAUCUUAUAGUGGGUAUCUGCGACGGCUUCGACAGGUAUUUCUCGAGCGUCAGAUGGCUGGGAUUCUUGCCAAGGAGCAUCACCGCGAAGAGGUGCAAAUGAUGGACGAUGGCAUUGAUACGGGGUGUUGGAAGAUACCAGAGACAAAGCUUGUUCACGUCCUGCCGCGAAAUAUGGUCCAGUAUAUCUACGAGGAGCGCCAAAGUGUCGUGGCGGGGUUGAAAGCAUUGCAGACGGAAUGGGCUUAUUUGACGAAGCAGGAGGUUUGCUCAGUGGGCAUGGGCGGUGAAGCUCUACGUGUAAAUUCUUCUGUUUCCGAAAGGCAAGCAUUCGAGGACAAACACUGGCCUCCAAAUGGCUGCCCGCACGAGGAUUGUCAAGGAACAUGUUAUUUCAGGAGCGUGGAGGAUAGAAUCAAGAAGUGGUGGGUGCAGCAUGGGCCAAGUCUGUGACGCUCCUGGCGAGUUCACUUACAUGAAUCCCGUAGUACGUAUAAAAGCAGGCACAAAGAAGGGAGACUAUCUUGAGUGCAACUGUAGAAUUGGUGCGCCAAAUGGAACUUGCUGAACCUUUGUCACUCUGACGAAGUCUGCGAC